AUGCUCUGUGAGCGUAUGGUCUUCAACCCCUAUAUGCACGUGAAGGCGUUUGAGCACUGCAAGGGUACGGCAUCUCAACUGCUGAGCGUGUCGUUGACUAAUCACGAGUCCUUAGCACUCACGGAGUCCGUGCUGGAUCGCCCAUCGUCACGUGACCACCUAUCGCAGGCGCUCAUCGAGGUACUGAAGCAGAGCUUCGACGCGCUCUAG